AUCGAAGUGUUCGAUGGUGAGAUCCCCACCACGAUGCCCUUUGCGUAGCGACACCACGAUCCACUCGCCGGAGCCUCGCCGGAGCUCCGCCACCUCCGCCGCCGCCUCCGACGACGACGACCCUUUGAAUCCUCUUCGGCAUCUCGUGCUUCUUCUUCUUCGUCGUCUUCUUCGUCGUCUUCUUCUUUGCGUGCGCGCGAAGCGAACUCGGAUGUGAUCGAAGCGCUACCUCGAUCGCCCGGGUCGUUUGGGGGGGGCGCGGGGGGAGGAGGAGGAGGGUGCCGGGAUGGGGAACAAGAUCGCGCGGACGACGCAGGUGUCGGCGUCGGAGUACUACCUCCACGACCUGCCCUCGUCGUACAACCUCGUGCUCAUCGAGGUGCUCGGCCGCGGACGCUUCUUCAAGUCCAUCCUCUGCAAGCACGACGAGGGCCUCGUCCUCGUCAAGGUCUAUUUCAAGCGCGGCGACCCCCUCGAUCUCAGGGAGUACGAGAGGAGGUUGGAUCGAAUUAGGGAGAUAUUUCAGAGCGUGCAGCAUCCCCAUGUUUGGCCUUUCCAGUUUUGGCUGGAGACAGAUAAGGCAGCAUAUCUAUUGAGGCAAUACUUCUUCAGCAACCUUCAUGAUAGGCUCAGCACACGACCCUUCCUUAGUCUCAUUGAGAAGAAAUGGCUUGCUUUUCAGUUACUUUGUGCAGUGGAGCAGACCCACAGUAAGGGAGUUUGCCAUGGUGACAUAAAAUGUGAGAAUGUUCUUGUCACCUCUUGGAAUUGGUUAUAUCUUGCGGAUUUUGCAUCCUUUAAGCCAACAUACAUACCGGAUGAUGACCCUUCGGAUUUCUCAUUCUUCUUUGACACUGGAGGAAGGAGGAGGUGUUACCUUGCACCUGAAAGAUUCUAUGAGCAUGGAGGUGAAACGCAAGUUGCACCAGAUUCACCUUUGAAGCCAUCAAUGGACAUAUUCUCCCUUGGGUGUGUGAUUGCUGAACUUUUUCUCGAGGGGCAGCCACUUUUUGAGCUUUCCCAACUUCUUGCUUAUCGUAGAGGGCAAUAUGAUCCUAGUCUGUAUCUAGAAAAGAUUCAAGAUGUUGGGAUUCGGAGGAUGAUACUUCACAUGAUUCAAUUGGACCCAGAAUCAAGGUUAUCGUGCGAAAGCUAUUUGCAAAGCUACGUGUCAGAAAUAUUUCCAAGUUAUUUCUCUCCGUUUCUCCAUAAAUUCUUUUCCUGUAUGAUUCCUCUCGACUCGGAUACAAGGGUUGAUGCAACUCAGCGUGCUUUUGAAACAAUACACAAACAAAUGAUGCUAAAGAGCUCAAUUGAGGAAAACACGGCUGACUCGUGUACAGGUCCCGAAAUCAGCAACAUUGAAUCUUCUGAACUCAUAAAAGGAGGGAUGCAUAGAAUGAACUCUCCAAAGAGGAAAGGUGACAUAGAGAAAGGAACAACUUCUGGUCAGAUCCAGAUAGUUGGAGAUAUUAAUUCCCUUCUCAAGGAAGUAGAAGAGGGAGACCAUAGUUCACGUGUAAAUCUAACACAGAAAGAUGUUCAAUAUGCUUCUUCGCAGCCAUUGAAUUAUUUGAGGAAGCAAGUCUUGAGUUGUUUUAAAGGGCAAAGGGAGAACGAAGCACCCAUUUUCAGAAAGAUGCUAAAGAGCGACUUGGAUUCUUUAAUGGUUGGAUAUGAUAGACAAACAGAUACAUAUAACAUGCCCUUCCUUUUUGGAACAGAAAAUAAAACAAAUAAAACAAGUUGCGAAGGUAUGGUCCUGAUUGCUUCCUUACUCUGUUCUUGCAUACGAAGUGUGAAGCAGCCACAGUUAAGAAGGGCAGGCCUAAUCGUGCUCAAGACUGCUGCUCUGUAUAUAGAUGAUGAAGAUCGAUUGCAACAUGUAGUUCCAUAUGUAAUCGCUAUGCUUUCUGAUCCAGCUGCAAUUGUUCGUUGUGCUGCUGUGGAAACAUUAUGUGACAUUUUGGCUCUUGUCCAAGAUUUCCCACCUAGCGAUGCUAUGAUAUUUCCAGAGUAUAUACUUCCAAUGCUUUCUAUGCUUCCUGAUGACCCAGAGGAAAGUGUCAGGAUUUGCUAUGCGAGCAAUAUAUAUAAAAUUGCUUUUACUGCAUACAGAUUUCUGAUCCAUGCACACAAUUUAGCUGAUGGGGGAUCUCUCGAUAAAUUAAGUCUUGCAAAGAAAAAACAUCAAAGUAAAAGUGGAAGUGAGCUUUUCAAGUUGAGGAAAUCCAUAGCAGAAAUUGUGCAAGAAUUAGUAAUGGGUCCCAAGCAAACUCCAAGUAUCCGUAGGGCUCUUUUGCAGGAUAUCAGCUAUUUGUGUUACUUUUUUGGGCACCGGCAAUGUAAUGACUUUCUGUUGCCAAUUCUCCCGGCUUUUCUUAAUGAUAGAGAUGAGCAGCUGCGGGAGGUUUUCUAUGGUCAGAUUGUUUUUGUCUGCUACUUUGUUGGUCAAGUGAGUGUCGAGGAAUACCUUUUACCUUAUAUUGAGCAGGCUCUAAGUGACGAUAUGGAGGCUGUCAUCGUUAAUGCACUUGAUUGCUUGUCCAUGCUUUGCAAAAGUGGCUUUUUGAGGAAAAGGAUACUACUUGGUUUAAUUGAAAAAGCUCUUCCCUUACUAUGUUAUCCGAUCCAAUGGGUAAGGAGGUCAGCCGUCAAAUUCAUUGCAGCAAGUAGUGAGAGCUUAGGGCCAAUAGAUACCUAUGUGUACCUUUCGCCUGUUCUACACCCUUUCCUUCACCGAGAACCAUCGUCCCUCUGUUCUCCGGAAUCGCUUCUUUCUUGCCUUAAGCCUCCUGUCUCAAAAUUGGUUUUCUACCAAGUUCUAGAGAAUGCUAGGAGCUCUGACACGUUGGAGAGACAGAGAAAGGUGUGGUAUAAUAAUUCAACUGCUUUAUUGAAUCAGUGGGAAACUAUUGAACACUCUAAGAAAGAUGUAGGAGAUGCUCAUUCUUUGAACACUGCUCUGGGUAAAGAACCCAUUGGCCAAAGUGGAAAAUACUCUGGUAGAGCAGCUCAAAGUGCAUCUUUUGGUGUUAUUGAGGAUGUUGCAAAAACCAGAGCAGCUAACUCCUUCCAUAAUAGACUAGUAGAUGUUAAGGAUUCAUUGUCUUCCGAUAAGUUGCAAGUUUCUGGCUUCAUGCCCCUACAUGUUACUGCUGGAAAUGGUUCCUGUAAUAAUUCCUUCUUUGAUGGAGUGUCUGAAGGCAUACCAAUAUACUCUGUUUGUGUUGAUAAGAAUUCUUCACCAAACUUGAAAACGAAGGGAGCUACUUCAUUAUGCGUGCCCUGGUUGGAACCCACGAAUAAGCCGUUGAGUCUAUCUGCUUCUGUCCCACCUAGGCUCAUUUCAGGUUCUUUCUACAACAUGAAUGCUAAUGCUAAUUCGGUCCAAAAACCAAAGAAAUAUUUAGAGGAGAGCGAAACUGAUCAAUCUUCUUAUGUGACUAGCAAGUUUCAAGAAGUUACUAUUUAUGACACCAUAAAAGGAAGCUCUUCUACAACUGGUGAUGAUCCCUCACAAUCCGAUUCAACAGGAUUGCCUUCAUUUAGCAGGGGAGUUCCAGACACUGGUUGGAGGCCUCGCGGGGUUUUGGUAGCACAUCUUCAAGAGCACCGCUCUGCGGUUAACGACAUAGCCGCAUCGAAUGAUGACAGCUUCUUCGUAAGUGCUUCUGACGACUCCACUGUUAAGAUAUGGGACACCAGGAAGCUGGAAAAGGACAUCUCCUUCAGAUCGAGGCUGACUUAUCCUCUUGGUGGGUCCCGUGCUCUAUGUGCGACAAUGCUUCGUGGGACCGCAAGGGUUGUUGUGGGCGCUAGUGACGGGAUGUUGCACCUGUUCUCAGUUGAUUAUAUAUCAAGAGGGAUGGGGAGUGUGAUUGAGAGGUACACUGGUGUUGCGGAUGUGAAGAAGAAGGAUAUUGGUGAAGGUGCCAUACUUAGCCUGUUGAACUGUUCGACUAAUGAUAGUUUUGUCAGUCAGACGGUUCUUUUUAGUACGCAACAUUGCGCUAUUCAUCUCUGGGAUACAAGGGCAAAAACGGAAGCUUGGAAUUUUAAAGCAUUACCCGAUGAAGGAUACAUCUCAUCUCUUGUAAUGGGUCAGUGUGGGAAUUGGUUUGUUUCAGGGUCUUCUAGAGGCGUGCUUACUUUGUGGGAUCUGAGGUUUCUUUUGCCUGUCAAUUCUUGGCAGUAUUCUACAACUUGCCCUGUGGAGAAAUUGUGUUUGCUAAUCCCCUCAUCGAACUCCUUAUCUUUGAUGGCACAGCCAUUAGUUUAUGUUGCCGCUGGCUGUAAUGAAGUUUCUCUGUGGAAUGCAGAGAAUGGAAGCUGCCACCAGGUAUUCAGAACAGCAGGCAGCGGAAAUGAAGCAGAGAUAUCUAAUGUUCCCAGAGCACUCGUGAGGCCGACUACCAAGCUGAGUGCGAAACAAGAUGUGAAGCGAAUAAAUAGUUCUAAAUACAGAAUCGAUGAACUGAAUGAACCUUCUCCUCGUCUUCCGGGUAUUCGCUCAUUGCUUCCUUUGCCUGGCGGUGAUCUAUUGACUGGGGGGCCGGACCUGAGAAUUCGCUAUUGGGAUCACACCAGCCCUACUCAAAGUUACUGUGUCUGUGGUCCCUCGAUUGUGGAAAUUGGGACCGGGGAUCUAAAGGAAAAGGAACAAGAUAAGUCUUAUGAUGUAAAGUCUAGCUUUGGGGUACAAGUUGUGCAGGAAUUAAACAAAUGGCCCCUGUCGGCCAAUUUGCAGAAGAAUCUACUAGCAAUGGCCGCCGCCGACUCUGCCGGUUGCCACCGCGAUUCUGUACUCUCGCUAGCCUCUGUCAAAUUGAACCAAAGGAUGUUGAUCUCAAGUAGCAGGGACGGCGCCAUUAAGGUGUGGAAAUGAUUUUUACUUACCAAGCUUCAUAAUCUUGCUUUGUACAUAUAGAGUUGGCUUAAAUGAAAAAAGUAAAUAGGGAAUCUGUGAAUGUAAAAAGACUAUAACUCUUAUAUAAUAAAGUUAUUCCCCCUUUCUAACUAGGGGAUCUAUUUAAUAA